AACGGGCUACAAAUCGAAGGGCCGGCCCACUGUGAUUGAGUUAUCCAUCUUAGCCGACUGGAAUUGUUGAUUGUUAGCCGAAUGAACCUGCGUGUGCAAAACCCUAGCUGAAUCACAACUCUGGAAACCUUCCAUCACCAAUUAACAAUGGCAGACGUGAAAUCAGGCGAAGAAGAGCGGGAAUCUACUGUAAAACGCAAGCCCGAUCCCCCAGAACCCGUCGACGAAACCCUAGACAAAGAAGAACGUGAAGCUGAUCCCACCAAGAAGCGAAAACUUGAAACCCUCUCACACAAUGACGCCUUUUCAUGUGCUGCGGAUGACAAAAAAGCCGAGUUGAAGCAAUCUUCCUAUCCUGAAGAUGAAGAAGAGGAUGAAUACGAUGAUGAAGAAGACUACGAAGGCGAAGAAGACGAUGAUGAACAACAGUCGGAUGGUGAGGAAGCAAUUGUUAAUAGUAAGGGGAAGGGGAUUGCGAGGGAUGAUAAAGGGAAAGGGAAAUUGAUUGAGGAAUCCGACCUCGAUGACGAUGAUGAUUCUAGUGUUGACGGCGAGAGUGAACUAUCUGGUGUUGAUAGUGAUCUGUCUGAUGAUCCGCUUGCCGAGGUCGAUUUGGAUAACAUUCUGCCUUCCAGGACACGGCGGGGUGCUGCUCAACCUGGACUCCAUAUUUCCAAUGAUCGCAACCAGGGUAGUGAUGCAUAAUUUAAAUUUUUUUUCAGUUUAAUUAAGAAUGGGAACAAAAUUCUGUAGCUUGAUUAAAAGUUAUUAUUACUGCUGCUACUACUACUUGACUGGAAUUUAGAUUGGGUGAAGAGAAAUUCAAUGUUGUAGCAUUGUAAAACAUUAUAGACUUCUCUUGAUCAAUUAAUGGCAAUUUUCCUGUUAUUGUCUCAA